UGCUGAAUAAGGGGAUGUGCUUGUUUUUCUUUUGUAAGGGAGCUUGAAGAGAAAGGUCUGGCAAGAUGUCGCAGGGCGGCGGUGCAUCGGGUGCCCCCAAGAAGGGCCUGACGCUCGAUGACCUCAUAGCGGCUAUUGUCAGGCAUGAAAGGAACCCGAGCAAUAUCCCUAAAGUCGAUACCUUCCACUUUUGUGGGGAAAGAGUCUCGGAAUGGCUGGAACGAGCGGAACAAGCUUUGGUCGGGCGGUCGGACGUGGUAAAGUUCCAACGCAUUCUUCAGUAUGUCCUCCACAGCUACCACCAGGAAGUGAAGAAAGUCAUAGAUGCGGCCCAAGGUAGUUGGAUGAGGUUCAAGGAGGGGAUGCAAAGGAAAUACCGCCUGGGAGACGGGCUAUUGACUACCGCGGACCUUGAGGCGAUGAACAAAGAGGAUUUUACGACGAUAGGGGCUUUUGUUCAAAAAUUUAAGAAGAGAGCGUGGAAGGUCCAUGGGAUUUCGCAGGAAGCACAGUGCAUCAUUUUCCUGGGGCUACUCACGACAUCGGAGACCAUCGAGUUGACGAGGCAUGGAGGAGGUAGCACCAAGCUCACCUGGGCCACCAUUGACAGAGGGGUGGAAGUUGGGUGUUUGGACCAGGUGGAGCAACGUCAGGUAUGCCUGCAAAGGCAGAAGAGAAAGGAAAGAGAUGCAACCGCUUCUGGGACCCCGGGAGUAACAAGGAUUGUUACAGACGUAUUGGCACAGCUGGGGUAUGCGACAGAGCCCGUGGUGCAAAGGAGGGUAGUAACGGUUGUCCAAGUGAAAGGAAAGGAGCCGGUGAUAGAGGAGGUUGUUCAGGAGGAGCUCUGGGAAGAGGAAGAGCCGGUGCCGCAGCGCCUGACGAAAGCCCAACGCAAAGUGCGGAACUUAACGCAGGGCGGACAGGGAUCAGGAAAAGCGAAGACGCCUCAGGCCUUAACAGCAACCCCUUUAAAUGUGGCGGCUCCAUCAUCUAGUACGGGCCCCUCGCAAGGAGGGGCGCCUUCCUACGGACAACGGGAAGACGAGAGGAGCGGGCUGAUUUCCUCCAAUAUGGAUGAGAACAUCUACGAUCAGUUUGGGGAGACCAUUGACAGAAGGCUUGGAGGAGUGAGGGCGGAAGCCCAACGAAGGGCGGCAGCUGGGCCGCCACCCCCUGCCAUGUUCAGGCUGUGGCAGAAGAAGAAAGAACCAUCGGUGGGGAUAGAGGAAUUCAGAUUAUGGCACGAAAAGGAAGAACCACCGAUUGGGGUAGAGGAAGUGGGAAGCGAUGAGGAAGUGACUCAAGGGCCACAAGGAGGAAGUGAGGGGGAAGAGUCCAUUAUCAUUGAGUCAGAUAAAAAAAAUGAGGAAAAAAGGAUGGAACCUCCGUCCGUCUUGUUAGGGAAAGUGGAGGACCUGCUGGAUAAGAUGCGGAGGUACGAACAGAAGUUGGUGGGCCUCUGCGAGGAAGUGAGGAAAUGGAAGUCUAGCAUCCCCAAGGUGUUCCUCUACGACUCCGGUCCAGAGUCAGCGCCCGAGCAACCCGGAGUAAAUGUGGUGGGAUCGUGCCCACCAUCAGGGAUGAUGGGAAGACCCCUCACUCCGCAGGCCCGGCUGGCGCAGGCAGCACGAACAAGAAAUCAAGCCAGCGCCAGCCAAGAACCUCCGAGGAGGGAGCAAGAGCCAGGAAAAAGAAAGGAGGCUGUGAAAGUGGAGGAUGACGAUGAUGAAGAGGAAGAAGACGAGAGGCUGCACCAAGAAGAGGAUCAGAGAGCGGAGCAGCGGGCGAGGAAAAAGGGAGCCAGGGGAGAGGUCGGGCCGGUCAUACGUGACGGACCGCCCAAAAGGAAGAAAUACGCGGUCCGGUUGGAAGAGGGAUUUGACGUAGAGAAGGUGAUUGACCGGCUGCUGGAAGGGCAUAAUGACCUCAUGACCCUGAAGGAAAUCCUAGCGUCGGCCCCUCGACUCCGCGAUGAACUGAAGGGGAGGUUGUCGCGGCGCUUGGUUCCCAACGUCCAUCUGGGCACGAUUCUGCCUAAAGAGGCAGAGUGGGCGGAGUCAGGCACAAAGAUGGAUUGGAAUUGCGUGGCCUGCGGCACGGUGGAUUUAGUGGUAAAAGGCUCCAAGUGUGCAGCAAUGGUGGACACCGGGGCGGAAAUGAAGAUCAUCCGGGAGGCGGACGCGAUCAGAUUCGGGCUGGAUAUAGACCGUUCUGACUGCGGUAUUCUGCACAGAGCCAGUUGCAAGGCCGUAUUUUGUAGGAUAGCCUCAAAUGUACUCAUCGAUGUUGGAAAGGUGAAGGCACGGGCUUGCUUCUUCAUCAUGCCGGACGUGGAUCACGGAAUCCUCCUAGGGAGGUCAUUCCUAAGUAGGACGGAGACCGUGAUAUUCAAUAAGCAUGACGGGACGUUAGUCCUCCUCUUAUGCGACCCUGUCUGCGGGAAUUACGAAGUAAUUACCUGCAGAAACACAGGGCCAAGGAGCAUAAGGAACCGGCCCAAUCCAGGAUCGUUCACGAUCGAAGAGUCGGAAGGGAACGAGGGGAAGUUGAUUAUAGGGGAACCUGACUUCCUACUACCUCAGGAGCGAAUGAUGAUGGUGGAGUUGAUGAAGAGGAGGCAUCGCGCCUAUGCGUUCAGUGACGAGGAGCAUGGCAGGAUGAAUGUGGACAAGAUACCUAUGAUCCGCAUCCAUACCAUGCCACACGAGCCUUGGAAUAUGAGAGGGACGCGAUAUCCCAAUACUGACGAGGAAAAGAAGGUGGUGGAUUACCUCGACGGCAAAAUAUAUACGCAUGUCGCCGACUAUUCGAGUGGACUGUAUGCUUCCCCGUGGUUCUGCUUUAUCAAGCCUAACGGGACGCUGCGUUGGGUGCAAGAUUUGCAAAGACUGAAUGCGGUGACCGUGCGGGAUGCUGGAGGGUUGCCCAAUGCAGACGCGCUGUCAGAAUCCUGUGCUGGAAGGCCUAUAAUCUCACUUAUAGACCUUUACUCAGGAUACGAUCAAUUCCCAGUCUACCCGCCGGACAGGCCUGUGACGGCUAUGCACACGCCGCGAGGGCUAAUCCACAUGAACGUGGCCCCACAAGGCCCCCAUAUUACACAGCCAUACAUCUACGAUUUGGAAGUGAAGGGGACGACGGUGAAAGAGAGCGACGAAGUCUCGCCAGGGGUAAGGCGCUUUGUCUGGAAGCACAUCCAGGACCUCGAAAAGGUCCUGGGCCUGCUCGAGGAGCAUAACCUCACGGCGAGCAGGGUCAAAUCCAGACACUUUAUGAGGGAAGCGACUAUCUUGGGGUUCGUCUGCAGCGAGAAGGGCCGAAGGCCGGAUGUGAAGAAGACGGACAAGAUUACUGAGUGGCCAGUUUCGUUCCGCUCAAUAGCUGAUGUCAGGAGUUUCCUUGGUACAUGUGGAUUUUGGAGGGCCUUCGUCAAAAACUUUGGCGCUAAGACUGAAUACCUGAGGAAGUUAGUCCGUCAGGAUCAGGAAUGGGUAUGGGCUCAAGAACAAGAAGAGGUGGUGGCUAGGAUGAAGGAGGAAUUUCGAGAAGGAGGGUUGGUGCUAGGAGCGUCAGAUUAUGAUGCCACGGAAACACGACCCUUCAUUGUCGAAACAGAUGUGGGACCAACUGCCUUAAGGGGAGUUCUAAUUCAGGCAGACAUGGAAGGAAAGGAAAGACCCUUGCGAUUUGAGAGUCGGACUCUCUGUACGACAGAGAGGAACUUCUCUCUGUUCAAAAGGGAGACCCUUGCAUUCCUCCACUGUCUGCGGAUCUUCCGGAACUACAUCUUCGGCAUGAGGUUUAUUUUGAGAGUGGAUCCAACCGCCCUGGCCUACUCUCUCAGGAAUUACAUUCCAUCGGAUCCGGCGGUUACCAGAUGGCUGACGUACAUCUGGAUGUUCAAUUUCGAAUUGGAACGGAUUCCUGGCAGUAAGAACCGGGCGGAUGGGCUGAGUCGGAUCAACUGGGAUAAACAGGAAGGGGAGGUGGUGGAGAACACGCCACCAGUUGAUGGAUUUCUGGAUCAGGAAGAAGAUGUUCGUCUCCACAUCAAUAAGUGGUCGCCGCGAGUGCCUAGCUGUGUAGGCUAUCCCAUCUGGCAAGCACCGAAUGGGUAUGAAAGGAGGGCCGAGCUAGUCCUCAAACCCUUUGAAGAAGAGGAUCCCUGGGGUAGUAAGGAUGUUCAGUGGAUGAUGGAGUUAGCGCUGGCCAGCUCGCAUAGCCUGGUGGAGGACGUGAGGAUGAUUGAGGAAGGGUCUGGCCAGGUACAACGGCAUGAGGAGCUGAUGGGAGGAAUGCAUCUCGUCGUCAACACGUUAUUGCAGGAAGGCCUCGACCAGUCAGGCUCGUUGAACCCGGCAGGGAAUGUGGACGAAGUGCCCGAGAGCCAGGACGACGAGUUUGAGGAGGGGGAGAUUAAGGAGACUUUUCGUGCUGAGGAGUACGAUCGGAUCUACCUAGAGCUGGGGCUUCUUCUGUCAUGUGAAAUGCGGCUUAGGGAUGCAAGCGAUAGAGCUCAGAGGAUGCUGCAGCGCUAUUUAGUGCGAGACGGCUACCUUUUCGUGAGAAGAGAAGUGGGGAAUCCCAGGAGAGUCGUCUGCGGUAGGAAUCGUCAGAUCGAAGUCGUAGCAGCGCUUCAUGAUGGCAUUGCAGGAGGGCAUCGAGGGGUACAAGCCACGUAUGCCAAGAUAAGUGAGUUGUACUACUGGGAUGGGAUGAUGGAUAUGGUCGGGAAGUUCUGCCGAUCUUGCGGUAUACCGAGAGAUGAGUGGGCGAGGACGUUACCCCUCUGGACCAGAAAGGCGAAGAGGGCACUGGGUACGCAGGUCAGAGACAUGGCCCGGGACUGGGAGAGCUGCAGGGCACAUCUGAGAGAGGUCUUUCGACGACCAGAGCCCCCUCAUCCCAGAGUCGAGAGGCGUCAGAGGAGUCAGAGGCAGAGGGACCCUGAGCCCAGGGAGGCGAGACCGUCUCGAGGAGGACGGAAGGCCCUAGCUAGGAGAGAGGAGGAACCAGAGCCAGAGGCUGAGGAGCGAGGCGCGUACCCUGAGUGUGGGUUGGGACAAGUGGAGUUCCAUCGGUUUGCCGAAGGUAAAUUGAGGAGGUCGUCAGCACGCACACAGCAUGGGCCGCCAGCGUCUGAGGAGUCCUUGAGGGAAUUGGAGGCGCAUUUGGAUAUCUCUCAGUGGAGAGCGUCGCCUCGGGGCGAGGAGCAUGGAGAGCAGGCAGAGAAGGAGCCACCUAUGGGGAGAGUUAUCCUGGAGCCAGAGGUGGCAAGAGCUCAGAGACAGGCGGAGAGAGAGGCGUUCAAGUUCAAAGCCCCUACCGAGUUCGCGACGCUGCCAGUAGCAGCGGCGGGCCCAGUCGUACCUUUGGCAGUUGAGGAGGGGCUACCACCAUCUAGCAGUGAGCCGACUCAGGGCUCAGCAGAAGGAUCCAUGGGCGUGCUCCUUGAGGCGGUGCAUACUAUGCAGGAGGAGGUGAGUUUGUUUUCACCUGAGCAGAGGAUAAAGGAGCCUCUUGGGAGAGAGAUGGGGAUUGAGGCGGAGGGUGCCAUCGAGGGCGGGCUCCAGAGGUUGGGCACACCUGAGUAUGGACCAGAGGAGGAGCAGCCCAUGGCAGUGCCAGGAAAGACACUCGAGAGGAGACCUCAGAGGUUGGACACGCCUGAGUACGUCCCAGCGACAGGGGAUUUGAGGAGCAGGCUGGGAUCUUGGGCUACUGGAUCUGGGUCUGGGGGACCGGUUCCUGGGACAGCGCCGCAGGAGGUCGCUAGUACCGCAGCUCCUCGAUCAGAGCAGCAGGGGGUUGUCAGUACCUCGGUAGGAUCUCCUUCAUCGCCACCCCCUCAGCCCAGGAAGAAGAAGUUCAAGAGGAAGAGUGAUCAGCUAUGCUUCUACUGCAAGAGGGACGUGCAUCUGGCUCUGGACUGUCUCGAGUUUCUUGAGGAUAAGGCAGCAGGGAAGAUCUCAGAGGUAGGGGGUAAAAUGUAUGAUAGACAGGGUAGGAUAGUAGAGAAGUCCGCAGAUGGACUUAGGGCUCAGUUAUAUAGGCAAAACCACGAGGAGUUGAGGAGGUAGGGCCGGUUUGUCUAUGUAGGUGGGCGAGUAUCUUGUGAGGCAUCAGCUUAGGUU